ACUCUCUCUCUCUGUCUGUCUCACACACACACUCUCUCUCUGUUGUCUUUAAUGGAUCGUGUCCUCACCUGUCAGUCAAGGCCUCCUCAGGGUCACUGAUAAGUCUGCAGAUGGUCUGUUUUUCUUCAUGGCUGACCUUCCUCUCCUCCUCACAUUCUUCUGUCCUGUCACUCUAUUAAAUGUUUUCUCUGUGUGGUCGAUCGCGUUGAGUUUCUCUCAUCCUCAGAAGAAGUGUGAGACAGUCUCAUGCCGUCUGUCUCCUUGCGCUCACAGAAUCUGCAGGCACUUCUGCUUUGAUUUGCUUCACAUUAUUCAUGAAUUGGUUCAUUUCUUUGUAGUAUCAGCACAGCCAGAAAUGUUGCUAUAAUGUUAUGUUAUGGUAAUGGGAUCUUGAAUUAGUCAUGAGCUGAAUUAUGUUAUCAUGAUACUUUUUAUAUCCCAAAAUUCCACGAAACAGGAGUUUGAUAAAUUGCCAUAUUAUGCACCUAAGAUUUAAAAAGAAUUAAAUCAUUUUUUCUCUUUUUCUGGCCCUGCUGAACCUGCUGCAUAAUUCUCAGUCUUUAGUGUAGUAAUCUGCACCUGCACACAAAUGAGCCGAGAUCUGCGCAGAGACCAGAGCAGAAGAUCCGUCCGGAGGAACAGGAGUGUUCAGACUGUGCUGCUCUCCGUGAGGAAGGAGUUUUAUCAGACCACAAUCUGAGUCUGUCCACCUGAUGAUGAUCCGUCCGGAGCGCUUCCACACACACAGAGAGUGCUGCUGUAGAUCUGAUCGUCAUGGAGUCAGUGCUGAAGAAGUCUCUGCUGGCGCCCGUAAAGACGCUGAAGUUCUGCGUGAGCGGAGAGAAGACCAAACACGGGGCCCGGAGAGGCUCCAGACGCCAGGGGUCAAAGGGCAGGAGCGGCAAGCCUGACCCGCGUCCGCUGCGAUCCUAUCAGACCGAGCUGGAGAGAGAGAGGAAACUACGCGAGGCGAUGAACGCUCAGAAGAACGCAGAGAGAGCUGCGAUGAGAGCGCAUCACAAGAAAAAACAACAAUCCGUCCAGAAUGCCAAGGACGCGGAGCAGCUGCGAGCCGCGGGGGGGAGAGUGUGUCUCCCGCGAGAUCUGGCGAAGGUGGUCCGUGGUGAAGCCCCUGCUAAAGACGACAGCUUCUGUCUGCGGAGCGCCUUCCAGAGCCUCAGCCUCAGCGCCGGCAUCUUCACGGGAAGACCGCGCCGAACACCCUCCUCACACAACUACACGCACACCUUACACUCCAAACACACGCUCCACACACACCAUCACAAUCGCUCAUCACGAGCUUACAUCGAAACCGAGAACCGUUUCUGGUCGGACGCGUGCCGAUUUGAGAACUGA